UGUUCUCAGUUGAGAGAAGGUGAUUCCCACACACACACACGCCAGCACACACACACAUUCACACAGAGUCCUGCUGUCUGUCAUUUCCUGGAUCCAGCGUGUCCAAGCUGCUGUGGAAACUUUCUGAAGUUUGGUGUUGGAGGGAGGAAGAGGAGGAGUGGGGGAGCUCCGGGAGUCUUAACACAGCGGUCGCCGCUGCACUCACACACGGAUCAGCUCGGCUCUGAACUCCGGGGAUGUCGGCCGUCAAGGCGCUGCAGCAGUGGUGCAAGCUCCGGUGUGAGGGCUACCGGGAUGUGUCCAUCACCAACAUGACCACGUCUUUCAGGGACGGCUUGGCUUUCUGCGCGCUCAUCCACAAACACAGACCCGAUCUCAUUGACUUUGAUUCACUCAGGAAGGAGGAUGUUUAUGAGAACAACAAACUGGCCUUCAAGGUUGCGGAGGAGGAGUUGGGAAUUCCAGCACUGCUGGAUGCAGAAGACAUGGUGGCUCUUAAGGUCCCUGACCGCCUCAGUAUCCUGACAUACGUCUCACAGUACUACAACUACUUCCAUGGACGCUCCCCGAUUGGUGGUAUGGGAGGUAUAAAGCGCCCAGCUGACGCUCCCACAGAGGAACCGUCUGGGAAGAAGAACCAGCCGGUGGUGGCAAAGGUGUUUCCCUCUUCCACCCCUGCCAGAGAGAACAGCCCUCCCCCCUCCUCCAACAUCUCAAAGCCCUCUCCUUCCCCAAGACAAACCAGAAAUGCUACAAAGGAUGUUGUGGUUGAGAAAUCCCAUCAGACAGGCACCCUGAGUAACAAAUGUGUGUCAUGCAACAAGCACGUUCACCUGGUGCAGCGACAUCUAGUGGACGGGAAGCUCUAUCACAGGAGCUGUGCAAAGUCACUGUCGUCCACAAACACACCUGCACCUUUCAGAGAUUUACCCACAAACACCCCUGUUUCCAAGUUUACACCUCUACCAGACUCCACCAAAACAAACACAACCACUACCACUCACACACCCUCCAGACCGAGACCAUCAUGGCUGACGGAGAAACCCAGCACCCCUCCCAGCUUCUCCUCCACUUUCUCUACUCCAUCUCCUUCCCAGCCAGCUUCAAGUCUCUCCUCUGCUUCUAAAGACUCUCAGACAUCUGUUGUCUCCAAACCCACAGCUUCACGGACUACUUGUGAAUCUACCUUCACCACAACAACCACUUCUAUCAACACCAGGCCCACUGCUGCUCCCCGUACCUCCACCACGGCUGCGAAGACACUGCAGUCCAAGCUUAAGUUCUUACAGUCAGAUAACACAGCUAAAGAUGAAGAGAAACAGACGACAACUGUCAAGUUUGACAUAAAUAAAGGGACGAAUGUGACUAGUAAGGUGCAGGAGGCCACAGCAGGGAAGGCCGUCACUGUGGUUGUAAAUGUUGGUGGUCUUGGCCAAAAGGAAGCAAAUAAGAGCUUGAACACAGGUGGGGAGAAAGCUAAAGCAGCAGGUGUAGGUGGAGAUUCGAAGGCUAAAGCAACGGCAGCAGCCGUCAUCUCCAAAAAACUGGCUGAGGAGAACAACAAUAACAACAGCAAGCCAUUGUGGACGAAUGUAGUGUUAAAGAAAACUGACAAACCUUCUCAAGUGGAGACACCAAAGAAGGAGACAGAAGGAGUCAGAGGGAGAGUGAGGCUGAAACCAGACCCGUCAAUCCUCGCCGACUUUCAGAUUCCGACAGACACCCGGACUCCGAGCCCAUCCGGCAAGAGUGGAGUCAGAGCAAGAACUCCAGACAGAGGCAGCCCAAAGCCCGGCAGGGCAUCACCCAACACCUCAGCAUCAGAAAACAAUGAGUCUCCUGCGGACUGGCGGUCAAAGCUCAAACCCAUCUCCAAACCGGCUGUUCUGUCACAGCCCUCGCCAAAACCAUGGGCUAAUGGAGCCGGAAAGCCUCAGACUUCAGAACUGUCCGUUGGGCCUUCUCCCUCCUCGCAUCCUUCGACCCCGAGCAUUUCUGUCACUCCACCUGCAUCAAAGGGAUUCCAGAAUGGUCAAAAAGAUCUGACUGCAAAUGGCACCAAGACAGAGGCAAAGAUUUCCAAGACUAAACCAGACUACAUUCCCAAAGAUGAAAUCAUAAGGGAACUGAAGGAGAUUGAAGAUAAUUUGAACGAGUGGGAGAGGAGGGGAGUGGAGCUGGAGGUGAGGCUCCGCAGCUCUGAAGAAGAGGGCGUAGAUGACUCUCUCAUGGAUGGGCUCAUGGUCGAGUGGUUCAACUUGAUCAGGAACAAGCAGGUGGCCAUGCGCCGGGAGUCCGAACUGGUCUACAUUGGAAGGACCCAGGACCUGGAGGAAGAGCAGCCCAGUGUUGAGCAGGAGCUCAGACGAUUGAUGGACAAACCAGAACAUCUGAAAACAGCCUGGGACCGGAAGAGAGAAGAACAGCUGAUGGCCAAACUGGUGGAGAUCGUCAAUGACAGAAACGCUAUAGUAGAUGGUCUGGACGAGGACAGACUCAGGGAGGAAGAGGAGGACGAGCAGCUAAACAAGAUGAUGAUGAAUUUCAACAUAAAGAAAGACAAGCCAAAGAAAAAGUCUCCGAUGUCCAAACUGUUCGGCUGGGGGAACAAGAAGGAGGGAUGAUGCUCCUCGUACACGGCGCCUGCUACAGUCUUUGAUGUUUUAUUUUCUUUCUUUUUUUUUUUUUUUUUUUUCUUGCUCCUCUUGUUGUAGUCUUAAUGUCAGUGUACUCAGCCUGUGAUUCAUGGGAUAACACUGAUAGUGUGUGUGUGUGCGUGUGAUCCAUCAUUCUAAGCGCUUUUAGAAAAAUGCCCUUCCCUCUGUCAACUGCAUCACUCAAGAUCUGACAUUACUCGUGCCUGCUAGUGCCACACACGCACAUGCAAACACACAAACGCACAGACACAGCUGAUGUUGAGGGGUUAAUGACUCACCAGCCGUGAUGUGAUUGGGUUCAGUGCUCUACUUGUUAGUUUUAAUACCCUUCUAGUCUUAAUCUGUCUACUUAAUGCUCUCAAACACACACACACACACACACACACACACACACACACACGUUCUCCUUAUAUCUUCUUACAUAUGCGACAUAUUGAGAUGUUGGUUGUAUACAGUACCACUACAGAUGCUAAUACGGGUUAAAGAACAGAGGUCGGACAGAUGCGUCGUGCUCUCUGCUCAUGUUUCAGUUCACACUACAAGAACAACUUCAGGGUCACUUUCUGACUCUGAUGUUGUCAAUUACAUGUGUAAAUUACAUUUAAUCUUAGAGGUCUCUCUCUGUCUGUAGUUUUCUGUCAAAUACAGCACGCAUCUUUUUUUUCUUGGACGACGUAGACUCAGAGCGCUGCCCUUUGAGAAGAACAAGUUUUUUUUUUUUUUAAUAAAAUCUUUUCUUGUUAUAAUAGCGUCAUCUAGUCCGGUGGUUUCCAAUUUGAGGUUUAUUUAUUAUGGGAUAAUUUAGCCAAGGUGGGAACAAGUCUUUGUUUUGCAAGUCAAAAGCAAGUCUUUGCACUUAAGUCCUAAUUCAUGUCUAAAGUCCUAAUCUUUGAAUUAAGAGUCUUCAACAAGUCAUCAUGCGCUCUUCCCCAAAUGUAAUGCCAUUUUAACAACAGAGUAAGAAUAUAUAAGAUUUACAAAAACGUUAAGGCUUUUAUAAAGAUUUGUAUUUAUUUUCUUGGAAGUUGUUCCGUCUUCGUCUGUAAUUUUUGACCCACACGUUUUGCACACUGCGAUUCAUUUUGUGUUGACCACUGCAUAGAUUUUGUGAGUGAGCAAAAUAGCUUUGGUAUCAUUUUCUUCAGCUGACGCUCAGUAACGUAACAUUUGUUCUUCCUGCAGCUCCUCUGCAGCUUGAUUGGACCCUGUCAGAUUGGUUCAAAGUGGAUGUGGAGAAUGAGGUGUUGAUCACUCUGCAGCUGAAUGUGUCACAGCCUGUAUGCAGGCAUAAGUUUGUUUUUUGAAACCAUAUUUCUUGAAAAACACUCGUGCACACAGCAUUUCACUCUUGACCUUUCGGAAACAUACAUCCUGAAGGUUUACUCUCUAAUUUAGAGCUUUCAACUGCAUAUUUAGGUUUGAAAAUCAGCGACUGUGAUUCUUCCUGAAUGAAGCGAAAAGCUCUGAAUCAUCAAUAACUGCACCUUUGAGCUUAUAGUCUCUCCAAAUAAUGCAUUUAUGAGUGAAAGCAGUCACUGGAUGUCAUGUCAUGUUUUACUGUCCUAUCCAGUCAUGUUCUGUUGGACUUGAAUAUGCAGUUUGUGGUUUUAUAUCUGGUCUGCGUCACGUGACUCAAAUAGAUUAAUCACUCAAACUAAAAGUUCGAGUAGACUGGAUGAUUGUGAGUGUUAGAAAUAUAAGAUCUGGUCCAUAUUGGAUCUUUGUAUGUUUUAAAUCUUUCUUUUGCUGAAUUAACUGAUUAGCUUGUCUGUGUCAUAAUCUAUAACUCUAGAGGCACUGAGGCAAACUUUUAAUGUCUGUGUUGUGACCCAAAGUGCUCAAUUUCAACACAAAAUGUAACUCUGUAUAUAUGUUUGUGUUCUUGUCCCCUUUAUUCUCCUCUAGCUCAGCUGUAUAUAUUGUAUAAAGUUGGUACUUAACAGCAGUCUGAUUAUUAAAUGGAGAAACAGGCCUGGAUGUUUUAACAGAUUACUGUAAUAAAUCUACUGAAAUUUUAAUAAAAUGACAACAUCAUGAAUUGA